CUAUGGAAAAGGGUAUACCUAGUUAUUUGGCAAAGGAAGAUGCCACUGAAAUAGUUCCGUCGCAGAUCAUCACUACUGCGAACGAGGUGGCCGGUAUUGAUCGUGUUGUACAUCAUGUUCAUGCGAAUGAUCAGCCCAAAGCCGGUUUUCAUCCUUCCGACUCCUCCUUUAUGGGAACUGAAGAAGCUGCUGUAGUAGGACAAAAUAGUCUUUCUAAAUUACAGGCAGCGCAUUCUGUUUCUAUUAGCAUGCCAGCAUAUCCUAUGGGAGAUCAUUUAGAGAACACAAAAGAAGUUUCCGAAGCAAAUUCAAGCAAUUAUAUUCUGAAUUCAGCUGCUCUAUCCAAAAACGGUAAUAUUCCUUCAAAAUUUUAUUCUCGUUCAGUCCCAAAAGGUUCUGUUUUUAAUGAGACUAUUUCAAAUGGAACAAUUCCUAAACCUUUCAAUCUCAAGCUAAGAAAUCCGACUAUCGACAAGCCAAAAAAUAGUCCAUUUAACUCAUUUAGAACAUGGUCCGAAAAUGGAAAGCAUCGGGAAACUGUGCUAGGGAUCGAUUCUCAGCAGCCUGCAGAAGUUGAAGCUUUAUCUGUAGAUCGAUACUUUGAUGCCUUGGAAGGACCGGAAUUGGAUACUCUGCGAGCUUCUGAAGAAGUACUUCUUCCAGAAGACAAAAAAUGGCCAUUCCUUCUACGUUAUCCAAUAUCUUCUUUCGGUAUCUGUCUUGGUAUUAGCAGCCAAGCCAUUAUGUGGAAAACCUUAGCCACUUCUACUUCAACGACAUUCUUCCACGUAAGCCCAGACAUAAAUCUGGUGCUUUGGUGCACAUCUGUUGCUCUUGUAGCAGUUGUCUUUUUCAUUUACAGUCUGAAAGUGAUUUUCUACUUUGAAGCUGUUCAUCGUGAAUACUACCACCCAAUACGCAUUAACUUCUUUUUUGCUCCAUGGAUUGCCCUUCUGUUCCUGGCUCUUGGAAUUCCACCAUCAAUUUCUCAAAAUCUUCACAAAUCUCUAUGGUAUAUUCUUAUGACUCCACUCGUUUGCCUCGAAAUUAAGAUCUAUGGACAGUGGAUGUCGGGAGGACAACGAAGGCUUUCUCGGGUGGCCAACCCCUCGAAUCAUCUCUCAGUUGUUGGGAAUUUUGUUGGGGCUUUGCUUGGUGCAUCCAUGGGGCUGAAAGAAGGGCCUAUGUUUUUCUUUGCCAUUGGAUUGGCUCAUUACACUGUCUUAUUUGUAACUCUCUAUCAAAGGCUUCCAACAAAUGAGACACUACCUAAGGAACUCCACCCGGUAUUCUUUCUUUUUGUUGCUGCACCUAGUGUUGCUUCAAUGGCAUGGGCGAAGAUUCGAGGGUCUUUUGAUUAUGGAUCACGGAUAUCUUACUUCAUUGCCCUUUUCCUUUAUUUUUCACUGGCCAUCCGUCUUAACUUUUUCCGAGGCUUCAGUAUCACGGCAGGGGCUAGUCGAAGACCAAGAGCAGGUACGAGGAUUGAAGGGGAGCUAAGACUUAAUUCGAAUGCAGCCACAUAUGACAAGAAAGGAUUUAUUGGCGCAGAAGACAUAAUUCGCAGUGAGGAGAGCAUUUUUUAG